AUGUCUAAUUUAAAUGCAAAUGAAAGCAAUGAAGUAACAGCAGAAACCAUCUUAGUUGGUGAUGCUGCUACUUCUGCUGGAACUACUACAAAAAAUGUAGUUGAUUCUAGUCAUCCUUUAUAUAUACAUCCCUCGGAUUAUCCAGGGAUGAGUCUUGUUUCCACUGUGUUUGAUGGAAGAGGAUAUGGUGGUUGGAGAAGAGCAGUCAUCAUAGCUCUUUCAGCCAAGAACAAGCUGGGAUUUACUGAUGGAUCUCUAGCUGUUCCCAUUUCUGAUCCAGCUCUUGUGAAGGCUUUGAUCAGAUGUAAUGACAUGGUUUUGUCAUGGCAUCUUAAUUCACUCUCCAAGGAGAUAGCAGAAAGUGUCUUGUACUCAGUCAGUGCCAAAAGCCUUUGGAAAGACCUGGAAGAUAGAUUUGGGCAGGCAUCUGGUGCUAAACUGUUUCAAUUGCAAAAAGAGCUUAGUGUUGUUAUUCAAGGAAAUACUAGCAUUUCAACUUAUUUCACUAAAAUGAAAAGUUUAUGGGAUGAAUUAGAUGCUUUAAACACCUUUUCCAGUUGCACUUGUGACCGUAUCUGUGGUGCGAAAAAGAAAAGUGUAAAAGCUCAUGAAGAUGAAAGGCUACUCCAGUUCCUAAGGGGACUAAAUGACACAUUCAUAGGGGUUAGGAGUAAUAUUCUCAUGUCUUCUUCCUUACCCAGUAUUGGUCAAGCAUAUUCCCUUAUUGUUCAAGAUGAAAAAUAA